AUGGAGACAGCUUAUUGCACAUUUACACCGCUGCCGUUGCAAUCUUCCAAACACCAUUUCCACAAUAAAAAUUCGGAGUCCAUGGGACUCGGCGACAAAAUUGCCGAGAUUGAAGCUGAAAUGGCUAGGACUCAGAAAAAUAAGGCCACAGAGCACCAUUUAGGUUCUCUGAAGGCCAAGCUGGCAAGAUAUAGGAGCGAGCUCGCAGAACCAAAGCAGAAAUCAACAAAAGCACCAGCUUUUGAAGUUCAGAAAUCCGGAGAUGCAAGAGUUGCACUCGUCGGAUUUCCAAGCGUAGGAAAGUCGACUCUUCUGAGUAAAAUUACGUCCACCUUCAGCAAGCAGGCCGAGCAUGAGUUUACAACAUUAGACUGUAUUUCUGGCAAAUUGGAAUACAACGGCGCAUCCAUCCAAAUCUUAGACUUGCCGGGAAUCAUUGAUGGAGCGUCCUCAAAUAGGGGAAGAGGAAGACAGAUCAUUAGUGUUGUCAAGACAGCAGACCUUAUUUUGAUGAUUCUCGACUACAGAAGACCAAAGGACAAAGAAAUUUUAAUUUCUGAGCUAAAUAAAAUGGGCAUUAGAAUCAAUAAGACAAGACCAAAUGUUUCGCUGGUAAGAACAGGCAGUGGCAUUGAGAUUACGGCAUGCUGCAAGUUGGCCAAUCUUUCCGAGGCAACAAUAAUAGCGAUAUUGAAGGAGUAUCGAAUUUAUAAUUGCCAACUAACAAUCAGGGAGGAUAUUACAGACGAGGAUCUUAUAGAUGUUCUCAGUUCAAAUGCAACAUAUCUGAGAUGCAUAUUCUGUUAUAACAAAGUUGAUGAGCUUUCAUAUGACGAGUUUCUUUCCAUAGCAGAAGACGAUGAAAACGUUGUCAUCAGCUGCAACAUGGGAUGGAACUUGGAUGAAUUGAAGCACCGAGUGUGGAGCGAACUACAGUUAAAGAGGAUUUAUACAAAAAAGAAAGGCGAAGAUCCAGACUUUAAACAUCCCAUAGUGAUGAGGAGUGAGCCUACAGUUAAAGAGCUGUGCUUAAGAAUUCACAAAGACAUGGAUAUCAAUUUUAAGCACGCAUUGGUGUGGGGAAGCAGUGCAAAACACCAGCCACAGAAAGUUGGGCUGUCGCAUUUUCUGAACGAUGAAGAUGUUGUGCAGAUUUCGACAAAGUAUUAG